GUGAGGUGAUAUCAGAGGAAGCAUGCCAAGAGAACCUGCCUAUAUUUUAUUCCGCUCUCAACCUUCACCAAACACUCACCGUGUUUCCAUUCAUCAUAUAAAUAUAUCUCCAACAAAACUGACAUCUCCACCAUUCAUCCAUAUGGAACCGUAUCCAAAUGGAACUGAGAAUGAUAACACGCCGAGGCAAUCUGCGAAGAGGUUGUUGGGUAAGGUUGCCGUGAUAACAGGAGGGGCGAGGGGGAUCGGAGAAGCGACGGCGAAGCUGUUCGCGGAGAACGGAGCGCACGUGGUGAUCGCGGACGUGCUGGACGAUCUGGGGGCGUCGUUGGCGAAGGCCAUCGAAGGAAGGUACAUGCACUGCGACGUGUCGAGGGAGGAAGAGGUGGAAUCGGCGAUAGAGGAGGCGAAGAGGUGGAAGGGGAGGGUGGACAUAAUGGUGAACAACGCCGGAGUGUCGGGGACGGAGGGAAGCAUAACGGGGCUGGACAUGGAGAUGGUGAAGCAGGUGGUGGCGGUGAACCUGAUGGGGACGGUGCACGGAAUAAAGCACGCGGCGAGAGCGAUGGCGGAGGGAGGCAGAGGAGGGUCGAUCAUAUGCACGUCGAGCUCGGCAGCGAUAAUGGGAGGGUUAGCGUCGCACGAGUACACGAUGUCGAAGGCGGGGAUGGCGGGGCUGGUGAGGAGCGCAGCAUGUGAGCUGGGGGUGAAGGGGAUAAGAGUGAACAGCGUGGUGCCACACGGGGUGGCGACGGAGAUGCUGGUGGUGGGGUACAGGAGGUUCGGUAAGGCGGACAUGACGGCGGAGGAGGUGAGGGAGGUGGUGGGGCAGAGGGGGAGUCUACUGAAAGGUAGAGGCGGGACCGUAGAGGACGUGGCACAUGCUUGCGUGUUUCUGGCCAGUGACGAAUCGGGGUUCGUGACGGCGCACGAUCUUGUUGUGGAUGGGGGUUACACCUCUGCUAAUAGCUCUCUCAAUUUCAUCUACUAUUAAAUUUCUAAAUCAAGACCCUAAGAAACUCAAGAGACUUCGGCGAGUUAAGUUAGGACGGUGCAAUUGCUCAUACAUGUAGACAACCAACUCGCC